UUCAUCUCCCGGAUCAUUCACAUCCACCCAUUAAGAAGAACAUCUCCAGCUCAUGACUGCAAGCACAGCUGUGUGUUAUUCUGUCAAUCUCUGUCGACUAACCUGACUGCUCCUCUUUGAUACCACAGCUCUGUCUCUUCCUCCUCCUCGGUGUUUCUCUUCUUUCUGCUGUAGCUGCUGAGUGUUUGUGCACCAGCUGGUUGGUUGUGUAUAACAUGCAGAAGAGAAGGAAGCCAGAGCCGAUCCAACUCAACCCGAUCCCAGAUGGAAACACUAUCAACGGCACUGGAGCCACAGAGACUAAUUUGGAGGCGCUGCAGAAGAAACUAGAGGAGCUUGAGUUGGACGAGCAGCAGCGGAAACGCCUGGAGGCCUUCCUGACACAGAAGCAGAAGGUGGGAGAGCUGAAGGACGAUGACUUUGAGAAGAUCUGUGAGCUGGGGGCCGGCAACGGGGGAGUUGUCUUCAAGGUCUCCCACCGACCCUCUGGGCUGAUUAUGGCGAGGAAGCUGAUCCACCUGGAGAUUAAACCAGCCAUCAGGAACCAGAUCAUUAGGGAGCUGCAGGUGCUACACGAGUGCAACUCCCCCUACAUCGUUGGCUUCUACGGAGCUUUCUACAGCGAUGGAGAAAUCAGCAUCUGCAUGGAGCAUAUGGACGGUGGCUCCCUGGACCAGUCGCUGAAGAAGGCAGGCAAGAUCCCAGAGCAGAUCCUUGGCAAAGUCAGCAUCGCUGUCAUUAAAGGGCUCUCCUACCUGAGGGAGAAACACAAGAUCAUGCACAGAGAUGUCAAGCCCUCUAACAUCCUGGUGAAUUCCCGCGGUGAGAUUAAACUGUGUGACUUUGGAGUGAGCGGACAGCUCAUCGACUCCAUGGCCAACUCCUUUGUGGGCACGCGCUCCUACAUGUCGCCGGAGCGCCUACAGGGAACCCAUUACUCCGUUCAGUCGGACAUCUGGAGUAUGGGUCUGUCCCUGGUUGAAAUGGCAAUUGGACGCUUCCCCAUCCCACCGCCUGAUGCGAGGGAGCUGGAACAGAUUUUUGGCUUCCCGCUGGAAGGGGAAGCAGCUUGCAGCGAGUCCUCCCCAAAGCCACAGCCCCCUGGGCGACCAGGCAGCUCAUACGGACCUGACAGACCACCGAUGGCUAUAUUUGAGCUGCUUGACUACAUAGUCAAUGAGCCUCCACCAAAGCUGCCUGGGAUAUUCAGCCCGGAAUUUCAAGACUUUGUGAACAAAUGUUUGGCUAAGAAUCCAUCAGAAAGAGCAGACCUGAAACAGUUGAUGGUGCAUUCUUUUAUCAAACAGUCCGAGGCAGAGCAGGUGGACUUUGCUGGCUGGUUGUGCAGCACCAUUGGACUCAAUCAGCCUGUGACACCCACCCACGGUACAGCAAUGUGAUGCCCCCAUAUGCCAAGAUCCUCUGAUGACCGGGUGUGUUAUGGGUAAAAUGUAUCGGUUUAUACUAAAUGGGUUUAAAAGUUGUUGCAAUCAAUAGUUGUAUAUUUAGUGUACAAACCUACAUGCCAAGUGAAAUUAACGAUGUAUUGAACAAGUCUUUGGGCUACAUUGAGGCCUGCCUGAAAAGCCAUCUUUUUCUAAUGAUCAAAUGAUUUAAUCAUGACCAAUGCUGCUCAACCUGUGUGCUUGAUACUCCUCUCUGCCUUGUGUCUUUAAAAGCGCCAACAGUCUUUGUUAGCUUAUGUGAAAUAAAUAGUCUUGUGAAUCAAAA